CGCGUCCCCGCUGCGCCUCCGCGGCUGGUGCGGCUGGUGCGGCUGGUGCGGCUGGUGCGGCUGGGGCGGCUGGUGCGGCUGGUGCGGCUGGAGCGGCUGGUGCGGCUGGUGCGGUUCGUGCGGGUCCCCGGCUCGGUGCGUGUCUGCGGGAUGAUGGGAGCGCAGGCUGCGUGACGGCGCAGCGCUCCUCCACCUGGCCCCCGCAGGAGGGAGAAGGAGACCUUAAACGGAGUCUUCAGAGUGAGCCUGAGGCAGGUCCAGUCCCCCCUCCUCCUCUUCUCUGGUUUCACCCUCCGUCGUCCCUCUCCUCUCCUCUCCUCUCCUCUCCUCUCCUCUCCUCUCUUCUCCUCUCCUCUCCUCUCCUCUCCUCUCCUCUCCUCUCCUCUCCUCUCCUCUCCUCUCCUCUCCUCUCCUCUCCUCUUCUCUCCCCAUCUGUCUCUCUCUCAGUGCUCUGCUCCUCUCGUCCAGCUCUCCACCUGGCCUCCAUGAGUUUAACUGAGGACAAGCUAUCCCUCCCUGGAAGUGUGAAGCAGAGCCCUGGAAGUUCCCAGAGACCACAACGUGAUCCCAGGGCCAACCCGUUGGGCAGAGGCAGAGGAGGACAGGACAGAUCCCAGACAGAUAACAAAAGAGACUGUUGGACCCCAGAGCGCAUCUCCAAGGAGCACGACAUCCUCAUGGGCUUAAUCUACACCAUAUUUUGUAUAUUGUCCCUUAUAGGCAACUGCACUCUGCUACUUGUUGCUCAUCACAAGCGAUCAACCUUGAAACCAGCAGAGUUUUUCAUCAUCAAUCUCUCUGUCAGUGACCUUGGAAUGACACUCUCUUUAUUUCCAUUGGCUAUACCGUCCGCUUUUUCGCACAGGUGGCUGUUUGGAGACGUGGUCUGCCAGGUCUACGCCAUGUGUGGAGUGCUAUUUGGUUUGUGCAGCUUGACAAACCUCACAGCCCUCUCUUUAGUGUGCUGCCUUAAAGUCUGCUUCCCCAACCACGGUAACAAGUUCUCCUCUUCAGAUGCCCGCCUCCUGGUGGCGGGAGUGUGGUGCUACGCUUCGGUGUUUGCCAUCGGACCCCUGACACAGUGGGGGCGCUACAGUGCUGAACCGUAUGGCACGGCCUGCUGCAUUGACUGGCAUGCACCCAACCAGGAGCUUACGGCUUUGUCUUACAUCCUCUGCCUCUUUAUCUUUUGCUAUGCGCUGCCCUGCACCAUCAUCUUCUGCUCCUACACAUUCAUUCUGCUGACGGUGCGAGGAUCCCGUCAGGCCGUCCAGCAGCAUGUGUCACCGCAGACCAAGACCACCAAUGCCCAUGCCCUCAUUGUGAAGCUGUCAGUAGCAGUGUGUAUAGGCUUCCUGGGUGCCUGGACCCCGUAUGCUGUAGUGGCCAUGUGGGCUGCUUUCGGAGACGCCACACAAGUCCCUCCUACCGCAUUCGCCCUAGCUGCCGUGUUUGCCAAGUCUUCCACUAUGUACAACCCGAUGGUUUACCUGCUGUGUAAGCCCAACUUUCGCGAGUGCUUGUACAGAGACACGUCUGUGUUACGACAGAUGAUCCACAGGGGAAGCCCGCAGCCGCAAGAACGAUUCGGAUCCACCUCGCAGCGCAAUAGGGACACAAGUGCCUCCACAAGAUUCUCAAAUGGACAGCAGGAGAGCUACGGUGCAUGUGUGAACUGCAUUGAGAACCCAGCACUGUGUCACGUGACUGCACCUCGAAAUACCGCCUGCAUCCUGACUGGAUCUGCAUGCAGAGAGGUGACAGUUAACCAGCUCUCAGCCAGAAAACAACUAGAUUUCCUCUAAUGGUACAACCUUGUUCUUCCUCGUGAAGGAAACGAGACAGGACACAGGCUCAAAAAAGGACAGAAAGAAGACUGGACAUCACAGACCUGCAACUUAGCAGUUUCUGUCAAACUCAACAGCUUGGCCGGAGGCUUAUGAGGAAUUAAAAUCCUAUAAAAUCCUGCCUGAAAGACUUAAAGAAGUAUAAAUGUCUUGCCACAGACAUUUUUACAUCUCUUGAUGUCAAGAUCUGUGCGAACUUGCUGCUGACAUUUGACUAUAUUCCAAGGGAGCAGAAAUGCAGACAAGAAAACGCCUGCUGGGUCCGAGCUAGUAAGGAAAAUACAUUAUUGCACAGCCUUUGGAUAAACUGUUUCCCAUAGAAGCGGUCUAAACAACAAAAGAGAUUAUUCAGGUUUUGUCACAGGAGGGAGAUUUUUUUAACUGCUAUGUGUAUGUGUCUAGUGGUAGCAUGCCCCAAAUGAUCACGCCCUGUAGACUUUCAACGCCUGUAUGGAUGCUUUGUCCUUGUCACCACAGGGAUCCAUUGCAACAGGGAUGUAAAAUCAAACUGGCGGUUACUGUUUUUCUUAUACAGUGAGGGUAAAUCAACAAACCUACAGUAACCCCUUCAAGCCUGCGUCAAAGGAAGUUUUUCAUGCAAGAAAGACAGGUCUAAGGGGGAGGUUAAUACUGGAAAAGGCUUUAUCGUGCUGCAUAACCUGCAGUUGUUUUUUUUACUUGAAAAGAUUCUCGAACACUCUCGUUGGUUGUGGGGCGGGAGCGGGGGGGGUUCACUUCUUCUCCAGACAUACUGAGGUCAAACCUCUGUUUCAGUAGUAUUAGAUCUUGAUAAAUAACUACUAAUCAAAAUGUUUGAGCAAAUAAACAAUGAAAAACAUGAAUGCCAAAGCAGCUUAUGUAACAACAGAAGGUCCUUUCUUGAAAAGACUCAUUUCCCCAACUAAUGCUUUAAUUUUUGCUGGCUGAUGCAUUUGAUUGGUAUUAACUGUAUCAUACAACCCACACAUCAGUGUCCUCUAUCUCACAUAAUGAAUAGAUACUAUGGCUGAUUUUAUUUCUCUCUUGCACCUUUAUCCAACAAAAUAAUGUGAAUAGUCAUCAGCAAUAAUAAAUGACUCCUUGUCUUUAUAUCAUCGCCACAUCUGGUCCUGCAUGCUGAUACCAAAAUUACUUUUCCUUUAUAAAACCAAAACAGAUCAUUGCAAUGUUGAAUUCUGCCUUCCCUUAUUAAUGUGCUACUGUGAUGUAUGGCUUCAUGUGCAUGUAAAGAAAGGAAAAUCUAAGUGUUAUCAAAACAAAAUUCUUGCAAGUCUUACUUAAUAAACAUGUGA